CUUGCACUGGAGGAAGAAAUCGAUUCUCGAGAAUCUAGUAAGUACAACAUAAUUGAUAUUAUAGGUGUCUGAGCCAAAACAGAAACAUUAUGAUGAUCGUAAACUACUUGCACAUAUUACAAAUAAUGAGUCCUUCAUUAAAGUGUAUCAUUCACAAGUUUCUUCUACGUGGACACACACACAUAGAAGCUGAUCAUAUCCAUGCACUUAUCGAACGAGUUAUAAAAAAACAACCAACCAUGAAAAUAUUUUACGAGAUGCAGUUAGAUGACUUCAAGAACUUCGAGGCCUUAUAUUCCGGCACAGGAUCAUCAUUCAAAAGAAACAGACAGUAGACAAAGAAAGCUUUUGGUGUCAUCAGCGGUGUGGCUUGAGGUACGAAAACAGGAUCCAGGGAUACUCUACUAUAAACAGACAUACUCCAAGAGGACUACAAGAUGGUAAACAUGAAUAGAUUCUCUAGAAAACCGAUAGGGUUACCACUAGAACUAUGUUCGCCGCGUCAAACCCCAAAAGGACUUAGCAAGAAAAAGCACGGUCAUCUUAUUCUUCUGCAAUGGAUACCAGAAGCAUUUC